AUGGCUUCCAAUUGGACCACCCCAAUACAGAACUGGACCUCGGUGACCGAAUUCGUGCUGGUUGGCCUUUCCAACAAUCCUGAGACCCAACUGGUUCUGUUUGCAAUCUUCCUGGUGAUCUACCUGCUGAUUUUGGCUGGGAACAUACUCAUCAUGAUCACCAUUAUGCUGGACGACAACCUCCACACCCCCAUGUAUUUCUUCUUGAGCAACCUCUCUUUCAUUGACAUAUGCCACUCCACUGUCACUGUGCCCAAGAUGCUGGUUGAUUUCCUGUCAGCCGAGAAGACCAUCUCAUUUGGAGGUUGCGUUGCUCAGAUGUUCUUCCUCCACCUCUUCGCCUGCACUGAGAUCUUUCUCCUCACCGUCAUGGCCUACGAUCGCUAUGUAGCCAUCUGCAACCCCAUGCACUACCUCAACGUCAUGAGCCACAAGGUCUGCCUACUCUUGGCGGGCACCAUCUGGGUUGGUGGUACCAUCCAUUCCCUUGCUUUGAUCGGCAUGACGGUCAGGCUCCCCUACUGUGGCCCGAAGGUGGUGGACAACUUCUUCUGUGAUGUCCCUCCAGUCAUAAAGCUCGCCUGCACUGACACGUACGUCAUUGAGGUCCUGAUUGUGUCCAACUCGGGCCUGAUCUCCGUGGUCUGCUUCGUGGUGCUGGUGGUGUCCUACGGUGUCAUCUUGGCCUCCCUUCGGACCCGUUUGGUGGCAGGUCAACACAAGGCUCUUUCCACAUGUGCGGCACAUUUGACAGUGGUGACUCUCUUCCUGGGUCACUGCAUCUUCAUUUAUUCCCGUCCUUCCACAAGUUUGCCAGAGGACAAAGUGGUCUCAGUCUUCUUCACCGCCGUGACUCCGUUGCUCAACCCCAUUAUCUAUACUUUAAGGAACGAAGAAAUGAAACGGGCUCUGAGUAAAUUAUUUGGCCGGAAGGUAGAUAGAGAGAAGUGA